GGCGGAUUCGCAGACCGGCCACUGGCGGACACAAGCUGUGCAGGUCUCCGCAAUGCCAGUCGGAUCUUAAGCCGCCCGGUUCACCUCGUGAGAAGGAAAGGUCAACAGAGCCCUGUUCCCACCUCAACCACAGACUCUCGGUCCCAAACGGGCAGGAGAAACAAAAGCAGACAUCGUUCAGUUGGAGUAAAGCGCGUCCUCCGGUGCAGCGCAGCUAUAAGAGGAUUGCUGUAUCCCAAGAACUGCAACGCCGCCUGAAGUGUGUUUAGACAGGGAAAAUGUCAUUGUCUGGGAAAGAAAACAACACUACCCCUCAUGCCAAUUACGUGGGACCGUACCGCUUAGAAAAGACCCUCGGGAAAGGACAGACAGGUCUUGUAAAGCUCGGGGUCCACUGUGUCACAUGUCAGAAAGUCGCCAUAAAGAUUGUAAACCGAGAAAAGCUCAGUGAAUCCGUCUUAAUGAAGGUGGAGCGAGAGAUCGCCAUCUUGAAGCUAAUAGAACAUCCACAUGUAUUAAAGUUGCACGACGUCUACGAAAAUAAGAAAUAUUUGUAUUUGGUUUUAGAGCACGUGUCAGGUGGAGAGCUGUUUGACUACCUGGUAAAGAAGGGCCGAUUAACACCCAAAGAAGCUCGAAAGUUCUUCAGACAGAUCAUCUCAGCUCUGGACUUCUGCCACAGUCACUCAAUAUGUCACAGGGACCUGAAGCCGGAGAACCUGUUGCUGGAUGAGAAGAAUAACAUCAGGAUAGCAGAUUUCGGCAUGGCAUCCCUGCAGGUGGGAGACAGUCUGCUGGAAACCAGCUGUGGAUCUCCUCAUUACGCGUGUCCUGAAGUCAUCCGGGGAGAGAAGUAUGACGGAAGGAAAGCAGACGUUUGGAGCUGUGGGGUCAUUCUGUUUGCUCUGUUGGUGGGGGCUCUGCCGUUUGACGAUGAUAAUUUAAGAAACUUGUUAGAAAAAGUCAAGCUGGGUGUCUUUCACAUGCCCCAUUUUAUCCCACCGGACUGCCAGAACCUUCUGCGAGGAAUGAUCGAGGUCGACGCCGGCAACCGGUUAACGUUAGAGCUGAUCCAGAAGCACACCUGGUACAUAGGAGGGAAGAACGAGCCGGAGCCGGAGCAGCCGGUGCCCAGGAAGGUGGCGAUCCGCAGCGUCCCGUCAGCCGACGACAUCGACCCGGACGUCCUGGAGAGCAUGCACUCGCUGGGCUGCUUCCGGGACAAGAACAAGCUGAUGAAGGACCUGCUGUCGGACGAUGAGAAUCAGGAAAAGAUGAUCUACUUCCUUCUGUUGGAUCGUAAGGAGAGAUACCCCAGCCAUGAAGACCAGAACCUCCCUCCUCGCAACGAUAUAGAUCCCCCGCGGAAGCGUGUCGACUCACCCAUGCUGAACAGACACGGGAAGAGGAGGCCGGAGAGGAAGUCUAUGGAGGUGCUGAGCGUUACGGAUGGAGGUUCACCUGUACCGGCACGACGAGCCAUCGACAUGACACAACACGGACAGAGGUCACGGUCCAUCAGCGGCGCGUCCUCUGGUCUCUCCACCAGCCCUCUCAGCAGCCCACGGCCUGUCCGAAAGUUCUGUGUCCCGCCUCAGUCCACUGAGCUGCUCUUGUCCCCCAGUUCUAGUAUCAUUGACUCCCUAAAACCAAACUCGGAUCAAAACGAGUCAAAAAAACACACUUCUAACUCCCUAACGCCAAACUCUAUAUCUGAGUCUCUCUUGCCCUGCCCAAAGACCCAAACUCUUCCAGCCAAACCCAAAGACAAACCCUUACAAUCCGCCCGAUCAAACCCCUUACCUGAAUCUGAGCCCGAACACAUUUCGACAGCCAAGUCAGAACCUUCGACUCCAUGUCAACCUCAAGCACCCUGUAUACCGGGAAGCCCACUGGUGCGGCGGGCAACCCCAGCCUCCAUCAUACCCCCUCAACUCUCUGUCCCCUUUAGGCCUGUUGCCCCUCUUUCCCCUAUCCGACUACACCACUUCCACCCUGUUCCCGGCUCUGACCACACCACCAAAUCUAUCCCCACCAUACAGGUGACCCCCCACCCCUCUCCAAGGGACAGCCCUAUCCCCACCCCCAAAGGAACGCCCGUGCACACGCCUAAGGACAGCCCAGCGGGGACGCCGACCCCUACGCCACCCCCCAGCCCCUCCAUCGGGGGAAUGCCCUGGAAGACGCGCCUCAACUCCAUCAAGAACAGCUUCCUGGGCUCACCGCGCUUUCACCGCAGGAAACUGCAAGUUCCCACUCAAGAGGAAAUGUCCAGCCUCACGCCAGAGUCUUCCCCAGAACUUGCCAAAAAAUCUUGGUUUGGUAACUUCAUCAAUCUAGAGAAAGAGGAGCAGAUCUUCGUGGUUAUUAGGGACAAGCCACUGAGCUCUAUAAAAGCCGACAUCGUCCACGCCUUUCUCUCGAUACCCAGCCUCAGUCACAGCGUUGUCUCGCAGACGAGUUUUCGGGCCGAGUACAAAUCCACCGCCGGCCCCACCGUCUUCCAGAAGCCUGUUAAGUUCCAGGUCGACAUCACGUACACCGAGAGCACCGCGGCCACCAAGGAGAAUGGCAUUUAUUCAGUCACCUUCACUCUGCUCUCAGGUCCAAGCCGGCGUUUCAAGCGGGUGGUAGAAACGAUUCAGGCGCAGUUGUUAAGCACACACGACCAGCCGGGAGUCCAGCAGCUGUCUGGCAGCCCAUUGAGUAACUUCUUUGACGUAAUUAAACAACUUUUUUCAGACGAGAAGAACGGUCAGGUGCCUCUUCCACCUGGCACGCCCAACAGACACCCACCUAACGCCUGUCGCCACGACCCUCAGCCUAGUGACUCUAAAUGCCCAGCGGGCAAUCCCAGGGACAAUGCCAAGCUGGUAGCAAACGUUGGGACACAGGAGCAGCCCUAAAACUUUACCAGUCAAGCUUUUCAAACGUACCUACAAAAGAACUCAAAAUGUACAUAAUCUUAGAGGUGAUGGAAUUUUUAUUUGGACAAACUUUUGUAUGAUGGAAUGACUGUUUAAAAACAAAUUCUGACACAAAUCCAGACACAUUUCCCCUUUCACCGUCUCUGCCAUGUCCUUGUGCCAGUCCCCCUCUCGAACCCCUGUCGUUUCUACCCCAGAUAUUUUCUUGUCUUUACAUCUGUCUUCCCGUUUUCCUCACCUUUGUGACGGCUUGUCUUUGCUGCUAGGAAUUAUCCAGAAAACGUAUUAAAACUCCGCCCCCCACUUCCCUGCACAUCCUGAGAUGGACAGUUAUUGACAGACGGCACUUUUCAUGAUGAACAAGCAGGUUUCCAAGGAGAUGGACACUUCAUCCUUCAUCACACUCUUUCCUUCCCGCUCUCCGCUCUCUCCGAGGACUAAAAUACAAACACCCACACUUGUUCCUACUCAACCUGUGUGCUCCCCUGCCAUCAUCUCAGCACACCAACCAGUUAAAAUGGUUGACCAGCCGGUGGGAACUGACUGCAAAAAAAACUGGCUCUGUUCCAAAAUGUAGUGAGCUUCCUCAAGGUAUCUCACUUUGAUUAAGAGACCCUUAAUGCAAUGCAACAAACUUCAUAAAAAUCCAUUAAAGAUGACAGAGAAAGCACUUAAAUCAAUCUAAUAAAACUGAGGACUCAGUAUUUGUAUUUUAUGUGUUUUUAUGCACAUUAAAAUUUGGAGCUAUUAGCUUAGCAACAUGCUAAUGGCAAACUCUGCUGAAAUCAAUUAAGAAUCAAGUAUCCAGUGUGCACAGUGUAAGGAAUGCCAUUUGUAUGUCACAUGGAGUUGCUUCCUAUGAAGAGGGAAGUUGUUAAUUUAGCAAUAUGCUAAUGGCAAACUUUACUGAAUCUAUUGAGAAUCGAGUUGUUUGUUGUGUGUUACACGGAGUUGCUGUUUCUGAAUUAUGGAAGCUUAUUUUUG